CCUUCACCUUCGAGGUUGUCGCCGUCAAUUGAUCGGUCAUUGACCUUACAGAGAGGGACAUGGGGAGAAAUCAGAAGCAAAUCUUGGUAGGUUUGGCUGCGGCGAUGGUCUUAGGAUUGGUGGUGUACAUGAGACUUUGGAUCAUAGACUAUUCCAUGUCUACCGAUGAAGCCGAACUGCUCAGGAGGCAGUUCGACCUUGCGAACCGGGAGGCAAUGGAUGAAUCUGCGGAAUGGCGUCGUAUGUAUGAUCACGAACUAGACAGAGCCAAUAGUUGUAACAGUGAGCUAAAUAAGCUUAAGGAAUCUUUUGAGAAGGUAGGGGAUGUUGCUAGAAUCAAUCAGAAGUUGACAAAUUUGCAAGAGGAAAACGCUGCUCUCCGUAAAGAAGUGGAUGCCUUACAGCCAAGGCUAGAGGCCGAGAAGUCAAGGUGUGGCUCUCAGUAGAGCUUGUCAACAAACACCGUAAAGAAUACUAAUACCGAAUUUGAAUUCUAAAAUGUCUAUAACAAAAGUUGCUGGGCAUGGCUUGUGAUGGGAAGUAGAACUAAGUACUAAACCAAAUGAUGAACUUAUGAAGGUCAAUGCAUAUUUCUCUUUGUUAUCGGCAAAUAAUGAAAGGGUUUACCUGGA